CAGAGUGAGAAACAAGAGCACAUGGUGACUGAGUGACAGGAGGACUGCGCACCGACGUCUCAGCAUGAGCCAGUGGAAGCAGAUCCAGCAGCUGGAGAUCAGACUCCUGGAACAUGUGGAUUAUCUGUACGAUGACAACUUCCCCAUGGACAUCCGACAGGGUCUGGCCAGCUGGAUCGAGUCCCAGGACUGGGACACGGCGGCUAACGACGAGUCCAUGGCGGCGGCGCAGUUCAGAAACCUGCUGUCCCAGAUGGAGAGGGUGCGUUCAACGGAGCAGAACUUCCUGCAGAGGCACAACAUGAAGAUCAUACAACAGCAGCUGCAGAUUAAAUACACAACCAACCCCACUGUGAUGGCCAGAGUGAUCUCCACCUGCCUCAGGGAGGAGCGUCGGAUCCUCUCCAGCGCUUGCAUGCAGGAACAGGGUCCACUGGAGAAGUCCUUACAGAACUCCGUGGCCUUUGAGAGACAGACGAACCUGGACAACCGAGUCGGAAUCAUCAGAGGCAGCGUGCAGAUGAUGGACCAGGCUGUGAAACACAUCGAGGACAUACAGGACGACUUCGACUUCCGUUACAAGACUCUCCAGUCUCGGGAAUCGUCAGAUAGAAACUCUGACGCGAUGAAACAGGAAGUAAUGAGACUUCAGGAAAUGCUCAACACCCUCGACUUUAAAAGGAAGGAGAUCGUGUCUAAGAUGGACGUGGUGGUGAAGGAGAUCGAUGACCUUAUGACCUCUCAGCUCAACCCGGAGCUGCAGGACUGGAAGCGCAGGCAGCAGGUCGCCGCCAUCGGGGGUCCGCAGCUCACCAGCCUGGACCAGCUGCAGAGCUGGUUGUCUCUGACGGCCCAGAGUCUCUUCCAUGUCAAGCGUCAGCUGGACAAACUGGGGGAGCUGGUGGUGAAGGUCACGUACGAGAGCGACCCCAUCCCGCUGCAGAAGCCUCAGCUGGAGGAGCGAGUGAAGUACCUCAUCUACCACCUCAUCAAGAGCUCCUUUGUGGUGGAGAAGCAGCCGUGCAUGCCCACACAUCCACAGAAACCCCUCAUCAUCAAGACGGGGGUGCAGUUCACCACCAAAGUCAGACUCCUGGUUAAACUCCCAGAAGUCGAUUAUCAGCUGAAAGUGAAAACCACAUUUGACAAGGACCUCCCCCCCGGCAGAGUAAGUCGGCAGUUUUUCAUCCUGACCAACAACACUAAAGUGAUGGAUAUUGAGGAUUACUCCAACGGCUGCCUCUCUGUCGACUUCAGACACCUGCAGUUAAAAGAGAAGAAAUAUAUCAAUGGCACAAAGGGGAGUGAGGGUCUUCUCUCGGUGACAGAAGAACUUCACUCCCUGAGUUUCGAGGCUUGCUUCACGGUGCAGGGCCUCACCAUCGACCUGGAGACGUGCUCCCUGCCGCUGGUGGUCAUCUCCAACGUGAGCCAGCUGCCCGGGGGCUGGGCCUCGGUCAUGUGGUACAACCUGCUGACGCACGAGCCCAGGAACUUGGCGUUCUUUGGGAACCCGCCUCGGGCCGGCUGGAGCCAGCUCUCUGAGGUCCUGAGCUGGCAGUUCUCCACCUUUGCCGGUCGCGGCCUCAACAAGGAACAGCUCAACAUGCUGGGAGAAAAGCUUCUCGGUCAGCACGUCUCCUGCAAUGACUAUCACGUGUCCUGGUCAAAGUUCUCUAAGGAGAAUAUUUCAGGAAAGCCGUUCAGUUUUUGGAUGUGGUUGGACUCCAUCCUCGAGCUCAUCAAGAAACACCUGCUGCCCGUUUGGAAUGAGAACUACAUCAUGGGUUUCGUGAGUAAAGAGACGGAGCGAUCUCUGCUGAAGGACCGAGACCGAGGAACCUUCCUCCUACGCUUCAGUGAGAGCCACCUCGGAGGAAUCACCUUCACCUGGGUGGAGCAUAGUGACACAGGAGAAGUGAAGUUCAACUCUGUGGAGCCGUACACCAAGAACCGGCUCAGCGCUCUCCCGUUCGCCGACAUCAUCCGAGACUACAAAGUGAUCUCUGAAGGGGUCGUCCCGGAGAACCCGCUCAAGUUCCUCUACCCGGACAUCCCCAAGGACGAGGCCUUCGGGCGCCUGUACAACAGUCAGCCCAGCAAAGUCCAUCCAUACAUAUCAUCGACCCUGAUCCCCAUCUCUGAAUUACGCUCUCACACGAGCACCACGUCUCCUGCUUGCCUGUCUCCGGAGCCCCCGAUGACUCCUGGAGAGUUUAACUUGCUCAACGAUCAACUGUGCUUCGACAUGGACUCGGUAUGUUUGCAUCACUUGGUUUCAUAAAGGACCUUGUGGGCAAUUUUUAGGAGAUGAUCCACCUCUGAUUGUUACCCACUCAUAAUCUCCAGGGACAAGCACAAGAUGUCCCAGUGGCAGCAGCUGCUCACGCUCAGCUCACUCCAGAGCCGCUUGACUCAACUGUACGAGGGGAAAUUCCCCCGACACAUCCGCCACUCCCUCUGCUGCUGCAUCGAGAGCCAGGACUGGGAUUCAGCGGCUGUGGAUGAACACAAAGCAGCCGCGUGUUUCCGUGAACUCCUGCAGGUUUUGGAACAGCAGUGGAACCUCUUUGCUCAGGAGGGAAACAUCUUGCACGGCCCUGAUUUUCCAGGGAUGAAGGUCUACUUGCUGGCACAAUUUAAAGAUGAGCCACUGAACCUGGCGAGAAUCCUCUCUGAAUGUCUGCGAGAGGAAAAGAACAUCCUGGCUUCCGCUUCUCAACAACAGCUUCUGGAAAUAGUGAACGCUUUAAAAUGGGCGGAGCAGACGGUGGCAGCUCUCACUGAGGUCGAGCUGCCGGAGUGGAAGCGCCGGCAGCAGAUGUCCUGUAUUGGAAGUCCGGUCGACACCAGUCUGGACCAGCUCCAGAAGAGGUUCACCACUGUGGCAGAGGUGCUGCUUAAGGUUCGCCAGCAGCUGCAGAAACUACAAGAACACAACAAGAAGCACAACGGCACAGAAGCCUCCAGCGUCCUGGGAACACACGAGGAACUGGCACUGUCACUGCUCACAUCACUUCUCUCAAACGCUCUAGUGGUGGAGAAACAACCUGUCAUGACGAACUCAGCACAUCGACCUCUGAUAGUCAAGACUGGAGUCAAGUUCUCAGCCACAGUUCGGUUCUUGGCAAACCUCCCUGAGUUCAAGGACCGGCUCACAGUCAAAGCUGUGUUUGACAAGGACAUCGAAGAAAUCUUGACCAUCAAUCGGCUCCGUCAGUUUCGUUUCCUCAGUGACGUCAGUAAGACUUUGGAUGUAGAGGAACCUGCUGGAGACUUUAGGGCAGAAUUUGCUGACAUGGAAAUCCAGGAAAGCAAAGGAAAACGUAAGAGUCGAGUGAUAGUGACGGAGGAACUCCACCUCGUUAAGUUUGUGACCGAGUUGCAGUUCGAUGGACUCAGGUGUAGCAUCGAGGCCAGCUCGCUGCCGGUGGUGGUCGUCUCCAGCAGUAAUCAGGUGUCGGCUGCCUGGGCCUCGGUCCUGUGGUCCAGCAUGUCGUCCAGCAGCGAACCGAGGAACCUGUUGUUGUUCGUGGAGCCCCCCCCCCUGGCCUGGCAGCAGCUGUCCCAGGUGCUGAGCUGGCAGUUCUUGUCCGUUGGCCAACGAGGACUCGAUGAAGACCAGCUCUCGAUGCUCCGGGACAGAAUCGUGGAUGAUCCUGAAGGUCUCGUUCAUUGGGGAAAAUUCAAGAAUGAAACCACCUGGAUUUGGAUCGAUGGAAUCCUGAAUUUGAUCAAGGAAAAACUGGCGGCUCUUUGGCGUGACGGGCGCAUCAUGGGCUUCGUGAGCAGGAAGAGAACAAACAACCUGCUGCGGGCGAAGCAGAGCGGCACCUUUCUGCUCCGCUUCAGCGAGAGCAACAAAGAAGGAGCCAUCACGUUCAGCUGGGUCGAGCACGCCAACGCUGAGACCCACAUGCAUGCGGUAGAUCCCUACACCAAGGAGGAUCUGUCCAAAAUGUCCGUGCGAGACUCUAUUAACUUCUACACUCUGAAAGGGGAGGGGAACACCACCAGGAAUCCGCUGCUCUAUCUGUAUCCGGACAUCCCCAGAGACGAAGUCUUCGGACCCGACUACAGCACCGAAAAGUUGGUCCCUAAAAACCCGGGCGGAUAUAUCAGCAGAACAUUCGUCCCCACCUCACUCUUUCUGACACCACCUUCAUCUCCGCCGCUGCACAUGGAAGUCGACCCAAUCACCAGCCCAGAGGAACAUCGGCGGGCUCAGGAACUCUUUGAUCAUCAACUAGAUGUUUUUGGAUCUCCUGUCUGGUCUCCUCAAGCUCCUCCCUCCACUGAGAUCAACUUCUAUGAUACAGGUUUACACUUCUGAAAAGCGGCUGGCGUCCAGAGGCCAAAAGUUAUUUUUUGCUACACAAUGAUUUUAUUCAUCAACAUCAAGGAGUGGAGCUGUAAAUAUAGAUUUGAUUCUACUCGUGCAAUGACCAAAGUGUGAAGUUCGAGCAUUUUAAUGUUUAUAUACAUACAAAAGUAAAUGCUGAUAACUUUAUUAACUGGGCGGCUUAAAGAUCUUGGUAAAUGGUAAAUGUAUAUAACGCUGAAUGAUACGAUGCUGGCUAAUGUACUUUUUUAUGUUGAAUAUUUGCACCAACUUUCCCUAUCUCUCAGGUUUCUGAAGCUGUUGAGCAAAUCAUGAUGAUGAUGUCAAAUGAUGAUGCUGUACUACUGACGUUUAUUACUUUUGUUUAUUAAAAUAAAUAAUAAAUAUUUGAUUGAAA